GUCCUCUUUCCUCCUCCUGCUCUUCCUCUCUUGUCUCCUUCUUAUUAAUGUCUUCGCUUUGCAGCCUAUUUGGCUCGAGGGUUCCGCUGGGGAACUGGGGCGUCUCCCGCCGCGCGUGCGCAGAGGUGGCUUGUGCACGUGACCCCGCUCCUUCGGCAAGACAGGUGGCCUGACCGAAGGACCUCCAGCCGACGAUGCCUCGCAGCCGCAGUCGCAGCAGGUCGGGCGACCGCAGCAGGAGCAGGGGCAGGGGCAGCCGUAAGGCAAGCCGCAGCCGCAGCGGCAGCCGCAGCCGCAGCCGCAGCAGGUCGGCCGACCGCGACAACAGGAAGGGGAAGCCGGACGACUACGGCGUGGACACCCUGAAGAUCACAGACGACGACGCCGCAUUCAUUCUCGGCAAGGGCGGCAAGACGAAGGAGAAGGUCGCCCGGGUGUCCGAGUGCGAGAUCGAGCUUUUCGAGCGCGAUCUGAUUCUCGAGCUCCGCGGCUCAAAGAUGCAGCGGCGCCGAGCGAAAAAGUACGCGGAGGGCGUGAUGGCGCAGCGCACGGGCCCAGUGGUAGUGCACGACGACUAUGAUGACGGCGACCUUACCAUGUUGCAGGUCCCCCAAGAGGCCGUGGGCUUCGUGACUGGCAGGGCGGGCAACUUUCUCCGCAGCAUCGAGGAGCAGUGGUGCACCCUCAUGUUCUUCUGCGAGGUGGACGGCAGCCGCGGGGGCAGGAACAAGCAAUACGAGAAGUUGGCCAUCUUCGGCUCCAUCCGUGGCAGGCGCGGUGCGGAGCUGCUCGUACUCAGCGCUGUGGAAACGAAGGUGCCUGGGUAUUUUGCCAGCAUCAAGAACGAUGUCAUCGAUCGUGACCGUGGCAAGGACGACACUGGCACCUGGGGCACCGACACCAUGACCUUCCAGGACGACGAGCUCUCCUACGCGCUCGGCAAGCAGGGUGGCACGCGCAAGAAGCUCGAGCGCUCGUCGGGCUCGAUCGUGCAGUACGUGGGACAGACGGCCCUGUUCUCCGGCACAAAGGUCGUGCGCAAGCGGGCGAAGGAGUACAUGAAGUGGCUCUUCGAGCAGCUCGAGGGGCCCGUUUACGUGGACGGAUGGGAAGACCGUUCUGAUUGCACCGUCCUCGACGUGCCGAGCGAUUGCGUGGGCUACGUCACAGGAAGCCGCCGCGCAGCUCUCGGUGGCAUGGAGGAAGAGUGGGGCGUACUGAUGUUCUUCAUGACGAAGCCUGGGAUGAAGGGCAAAGGCCGUGACGGUCCUUCUGGCGAGCAACUGGCCAUCUUCGGUGAAACUCGUGCCCGCCGUGGUGCCGAGCUGAAGGUCAUGAGCUCUGUGGAGGAGAAGGCCCCAGGGCAUUUCACGCGUGGGGUGCGUGACAAGUUCUCGGACGAGAGGGGCUUCGCCACCGACCGCAUGGUCUUCAAGGACGACGAGCUCAGCUACGCGCUCGGCAAGCAGGGCACAACGCGCAAGAAGUUGGCGCUCGCUGCGGGAUGCAUCCUGCAGUAUGUGGGCCACGUGUGCUUCAUGGCGGGCACGAAGAAGGAGCGAAAGCGCGUCAAGGAGUUCAUCGAGUGGCUCCUUGCUCAGCGCCGUGGCACCGUCACCGUCCCCGACGUCGCUGGCCGCGACGACUGCACCGAGAUGCACAUCCCCGAGAACUGCAAGGGCUGGGUGACCGGCAACCGCGGGAGCGAGCUGCGCCGUGUCGAGGCGGAGACGGGGACGUACAUGUUCAUGGCCCUGGACAGACGCGGGGAGGAGCGGCUCCUCAUCUUCUCCGUGAACGAGGGCACGAAGAUGGGGGAGGGCGGGAGGAUGCACGCGGAGAGGCUGGUCAACGAGAUGGUGCAGGACAAGCUCCGUGGCGACGGCGGCGGCGGCGGGCGCUCGGACAGCCGCAGCCCGUCGCGGCGCAGGAGCCCGUCGCGGCGCAGGAGCCCCUCCAGGCGCCGGAGGAGCCCCUCGCGUCGCCGCGGGAGGUCGGACUCCCGGCGCCGCUGACCGGCCGCCGCGGGCCGAGGCGUGAGCAGGGAAGUCGCGGCCCCGAGGAGGGGGCAGGACGAAGGAAUAGGGCAGGAAGGAUCGAGGCUGGAGGCUUUCUCCUCCAAGGGUGAUGCGGAGGAGGACUGGCGACAACGACGAAGAGUCCGGCGGAUAAUCUUUAGUAAUUGCAGCAGUUGGAGGAACGCGCGAUUGGGCUUUGCAUGGCAGGGGGCGGUCCGACAGCAGAUC